AUGCUUUUGCAAAUGCGAUAAGAAUGUGCGACGCUAUUUUGAAACCGUACGAUAUAAACAUCAUGAACAUUUUGACAAAGAAACACGAAAAAGUGUGCGAAAGCGUUUUAUACACAUUUGUCGGUAUUAUCGCUGUCCAGAUCGGUUUAGUAGAUCUUCUGACAUCUUUAGAGAUUACUCCGGAUUACGUGAUUAGUCAUUCUGGUGGUGAACUCGGUUGUGCGUAUGCUGAUAAAUGUUUCACUAUUGAACAAACUAUUUUAUCGGCAUACUUUAUCGGUCUGGCCUACGUCGAAGGAAAUAUUAUCCAUAGCUCUAUGACAGUUGUCGAUCUGGAUUACGAAUGUCUCAAAAAUAUAUGUCCAGAAGAUAUUGAAAUAGUGUGCUACAACAGUCCAAACAACAAUAUUGUAACAGGGCCGGUUGAAUCCGUGCAAGUAUUCGUGCAAAAAUUACAGAUUAAUAAUAUCAACGUGAAAGAAAUCUCUUGCGAUAUUCCAUAUCACAGCCAUUAUCUCGCAUCCUUGGAAACUCGGCUUUUAUUCAACUUGAACGAAGUAAUAUCACAGCCGAAAAAACGGAGUCCAAGAUGGAUCAGCACCUCUGUACCUUGCGUCGAAUGGUCCAAUGCGAAAUCGAAAUUAUCUUCAGCAAACUAUCACACGCGUAGUAUAUUAAACACCGUUCUCUUUGAACAAGCAACGCGUUUAAUUCCGAAUAAUACCGUGGUUAUAGAAAUCGCACCGAACGUCGUUUUGCAGCAUAUUUUAAAGGAAUCCCUACAUCCAAAAGUGACGACCAUCGCAUUGACUCAGCGCACUGAACAAAAUAUCACCGAUGUAAUUUUGCGAGGCAUUGGAAAGCUCUACAAUUGCGGCUUACAACCGCAGAUCGCUAAUUUAUAUCCGCCAGUUAGCCGAGGCACUCCUAUGAUAUCUCCAUCUAUCAGAUGGAAUCAUUCUGAAGAUUGGUAUGUGCCAAGCUAUCAAUCACAGAAGAAUAUCAAAUACGGUGAAAGACUCGUCGAAAUCGCACUUGAUGAUGAGACCUAUAGUUAUAUGGCCGGAUACGUAAUCGACGGAAAAAAUUUGCUACCGACCACAGGAUAUCUUGCGCUCGUUUGGGAAACUAUUGGCAUAAUGAAAGGGGAAAUGUACACAACUAUGCCGAUAGUAUUUCAAGAUAUAAGCUUCAUUCGUGCUACUCAUUUGUCGGAUAACGCUGCAAAAUUGACGAUCACGAUACAGAAAGAUAGUGGAAAGUUUGAAGUGAUCGAAGGAGAUAGCCUUGUGAUAAUUGGUACAGUGUAUAUCGUAUCAAAUCCAAAACAAGAGAUGAUUUCGACCGAUUUAUUACCGGAGAAUGAUGACGAAGAAGAAGAUAUGACUGCUCGAGACGUCUAUAAAGAGCUGAAACUGCGUGGUUAUGAGUACAGCGGUUGCUUUUGUGGACUAAAAAGCGCAUCUAUUUCAGGCAACAAAGGACACAUCGUUUGGACAAAUAAUUGGGUGACAUUUAUGGAAACCAUGCUACAGCUGCAUAUUCUUGGAUACGAUACUAGAGAUUUACAUGUUCCUACAAGUAUUCAAAAAUUGGUGAUUGAUCCUGCGCUUCACACAUCAAAGCUGCGGGACAUAUUGAAUGACAAGGAUAAACAAUUACCAGUACGCAUAUACAGAGAAAUAGACGCGAUUAUAUCUGGCGGAAUAGAGAUUCGGGGUGCUAAGACUACCGUGAUUUCUCGCCGAAAACUAAUUCAAGAUCCUGUUAACGAGGAAUAUAUAUUUGUAGCUCAUCACGAUUGUGCUAAGAUUUCUUUGGAUGAAGCGAUUCGAAUAUCGGCACAACUCGUGUUGGAAGAUCAUCAGAUUAUCAAAAUAAAAGCUAUUGAGCUAGUGGAAAAUACUGAUAAUGUAACAUUGGAAAAUUUAUCAUCUUUGUCAUUGAUUAAAACUUUAAACAAUAUGCCGUUAAUACAAACAAAUAUUACAUUAAUAACAUCACCGAAUCGCUUCAAUUCAAUAGAAUUGCCGGAAAACAUUACAAUUGCAGCUUUAAACAAGUUAUCUACAAAUGAUAAAAUCUUAAUAGCUUUUGGAUUCAAUCUUUUGACAAAAUCAAAAAACUGGUUAGAACAACUUUUGCCAUUCGUAACGGAAGGUGGUUAUCUAUUGUCGCGCGAGAGAUGCAAUAUAACUGACUACGAAAAACACUUGCGACAAUAUAAAUUAAAUGUCAUUCUUGAAAAGCGUACCGAUACGGAAGUAAUUUUGCUUCUAAAGAAAAAAGUUCCGGUAAAGAGAAUGGCCGUUGUCCAUAUAAGUAAUAAUGACUUUAAUUGGCUCGAACACCUAAAGUUGCUUAUGAACAAUGAGAAUCAACUUAUAUAUAUGUAUGUUCGUGGUGAUCUAAAUUCAUUUUGUUGGAUGGAGAACAAUAUAUCGAUCGAUUCUCAUCGCGAAGAUUUGGUACAUGUGAUUUAUUCAUCCAUCAAUUUUAAAGAUGUAAUGUCAGCCACUGCUAAAUUAAAUUCGUAUCCGGCAAUGUCGCAAAAACAAUUUCAACCUAUGUCUCUCGGAAUGGAAUAUGUAGGAUUCGAUGCCAAUGGACGACGCGUAAUGGGACUUUGUGCUAAUAAGUGUAUAGCAAACGUCGUUGUGAAAGACAAAGAAUUAUGUUGGAACAUACCCGAUACAUGGACAUUCGAAGAAGCGGCAACAGUCCCGUGCGCUUAUAGCAUGUGUUACUUGGCCUUAUACAUUUAUGGGAAAAUAAGGAAAGGCAAUAAGAUACUUAUACAUUCUGGUGCUGGAGAUAUUGGACAAGCAGCUAUCUAUCUUGCUCUUAGUGAGGGAUGCGAAGUAUUUACUACUGUGGAUACAAUCGAAAAGCGAGAAUUUUUAAAAAAAAUGUUUCCAACUAUCAUUGAUGCGCACAUUGGAAAUUCUCGAGAUAUCAGUUUCGAACAAAUGAUAAUGUCGCAAACAAACAGGCGCGGCGUGGAUAUCGUGUUAAAUUCAUUAACAGAAGAAAAACUGAUUGCAUCCGUUCGUUGUCUAGCACGAAACGGUCGUUUCCUGGAGAUUGGCGAGUUUAAUCUUGCUUCUAACAAUUCUCUAGAUAUAUCAAUAUUUCAAAAAAAAGGUAUCAGUUUUUACAUAAUUCUAUUAGAUAACAUGUUUGUCGGUUAUCACAAGCAUAAGUCUCAAUUGUCCAAAAUAAUGGCUAAUGGUUUGAAAUAUGGGGUUAUCAGACCAAUUCAGAUGAAAAUUUUCCAAAAAACAGAAAUCGAGACGGCUUUUAGAUACAUGGCAAGUGAAAAACAUAUAGGAAAGACAAUCUUAAAGAUUCAAGAGGAAGAUAAACCUCUGAGUGAGCUUAUUGUCGCACAUCGCCGUUACUACUGUCUUAGUGACAAAAGCUAUAUUAUCUUAGGAGGCCUGGGUGGAUUCGGUUUGGAGUUAACUGACUGGCUAAUACAACGAGGUGCCAAGAACGUCGUCCUAAUUUCGCGGAUUGGAAUAAAAAAUGGUUAUCAGCGCAGGAAAGUUCAAUUGUGGAAGUCGUACGAUAUAAAUGUGCUCAUCGUCAAAAAUAUCGAUGUUACCGACAGCAAUGAUUGCGAACGUCUCCUCCAAAUUGUGGAAAAGAUAUCACCGGUAGACGCGAUAUUCAAUCUAGCUAUGGUGUUGAAGGAUCAUGUCGUGAAGAAUCAUACUGCGGAUACCUUUGCGGAAUCUUUCAAAUCAAAAGCCUGGGCGACCCACAUGUUGGAUAAGCUAUCCAGAAAUAUCUGCCGUAAACUUCGGCACUUUGUAGCAUUCUCUUCCGUUUCUUGCGGCAGAGGAAACGCCGGACAAACUAAUUAUGGCAUGGCCAAUUCCGUCAUGGAAAGAGUGUGCGAGAAAAGAGUGGAUAAUGGAUUACCCGGAUUGGCGAUUCAGUGGGGAGCCGUGGGUGAUGUGGGUUUUGUCGCUGAUAUGCAGAAAGAUGAUAAAAUAUUCACUGUCGUCGGCACCACGCAGCAAAAGUUAGCCAGUUGCCUUGACGAGCUCGAUAAAUUCUUACUUCAAGGCCGGCCAGUCGUAAGCAGCAUGGUCUUAGCCGAAAAGAAAGUAGCAUCUUCCGGACUUGGCAAUAUGGUAGAAACUGUCGCUAAUAUUCUAAAUAUAAAAAACACAAAAAAGAUAAGUCAAAAUACAUCUCUGGCCGAGCUUGGAAUGGACUCGAUAAUGGUUAUGGAAGUUAAGCAAACUUUGGAACAAGAAUUCGAUAUCUUUUUCAAUGCACAAGAGAUACGGAAUCUUACUUUCACAAAACUCUACGAGAUAUCUAACGCAGUUAGUGAAGCUACCCAUACAGCAUAAAAAGGUUGCAGACAUAUUGCAGAAUAAUUUCAUUGAAAUAUUGCAAUAUUGCAAAUUUGUUGCGAAACAUUGCUGCACUAUUGCUAUAAGAUUGCGGCAACGUUAAGAUGUCCGCUUUUUGUAAUAUUGCAAUGUAACAUUGCAGUAAUCUUACUAUGUAACAUACUUGUAAUAAUGCAAUGCAUUACCGUGCAAAUAUAUUUAUAAUAAUAUAUAGUAUAUACAGAUUGUUUUCAUUUCGCUUUUAUGAGAACUUUUUUAAAUAUAAAUAUAGUUAGGGUAGGUAUAAAUAUAUAAGCAUUAUAUCUAUAAUUAGAAUUAAUUACAUAUCUUAACUAAAAAAUUCGAGAGAUCCGUUGAAUCACAUAUAUCUAUCACAUAUAUUUGUAAAUAAUAUAAUACGUACAAAUGCAUAGAAAAACAAAAAUAAAAUAUAAUUAAGAUAAUUCUAACUGUAUGAAAAUACUAACAACUAGCGAAUAUUUAAUAGCGAUAAAUUUGAAGUAGUUGUACGCGAAAUAAUUGUACGAAUAAUGUAUACAUAUAACGUGCUACGUCUCUCAUUGAAGCAUCGCUCUGCACUUUACAUAAGGUAGGAUUUCAAACAUCUGCAUCCUGUAGGAGACUGCAAAUGAUCUGAGAACCACCUUGAAGACUUUCACUUCGAUUCUUUUCUAAGUGGAGCGGACGUGGCAAGUGUGGUUUCGUGAGUAUUGGUAUCGGCGAAUUGCCCAUAUUGGCAAUUUAUUGUCGGACUUGGAACGUUUCCUGUCGUACGCGUCAAACGUAUGUACACAUUUGAUCAUGGCGCAAAAAAGUCAUCAAAUACGUCACAUUUGUUUUACGUGCAUGA